AUGGAAGAGACAUUUGUGCCCUUUCGUGGGAUUAAGAAUGACAUUAAUGGGAGGCUGCUCUGUUACAAGCAGGAUUGGACUGGUGGGUUCAAAGCUGGAUUCAGGAUAUUGGCACCUACGACCUACAUAUUCUUUGCAUCGGCUAUUCCAGUGAUUUCAUUUGGAGAGCAAUUGGAGAGGAACACUGAUGGAGUUUUAACCGCCGUGCAGACUUUAGCAUCGACCGCGGUAUGUGGAAUUAUACACUCGAUAAUUGGAGGGCAGCCUUUGCUGAUUCUGGGAGUUGCCGAGCCUACUGUGAUUAUGUACACCUUCAUGUUUGACUUUGCUAAACAAAGACCUGAAUUGGGCCGUGACAUGUUCCUUGCAUGGACCGGAUGGGUGUGCGUAUGGACUGCGGCAUUAUUGUUCUUGCUGGCUAUUUUAGGAGCUUGCUCUAUCAUCAACAGAUUUACCCGUGUGGCGGGAGAAUUAUUUGGGAUGCUUAUAGCAAUGCUCUUCAUGCAGCAAGCAAUCAAAGGGCUUGUAGAGGAGUUCCGCAUACCAAAACGGGAAAAUCCGAGCCUGACCGAGUUUAUGCCUUCAUGGCGUUUCGCAAAUGGGAUGUUUGCUUUGGUUUUAUCUUUUGGCCUACUGCUAACUGCGCUUAGAAGUCGAAAAGCCCGGUCUUGGCGCUAUGGGUCUGGUUGGGUUAGGAGCCUUAUAGCUGACUAUGGAGUGCCACUAAUGGUCUUGGUUUGGACAGCAAUAUCAUAUAUACCUGCUCAAACCGUACCAGAAGGCAUUCCGAGACGGCUGUUCAGCCCGAAUCCAUGGUCACCUGGUGCAUACGCGAAUUGGACCACCUUAAUGUGUGGUCUUCUUGGCAUCCCUCCAUCAAACGGUGUUAUACCACAGUCCCCAAUGCAUACAAAAAGCUUGGCUACUCUUAAACACCAGUUGCUCAGGAACCGACUCGUUCAGACAGCACGCCAGAGCAUUAGAACAAACUCAAGCUUGGGGCAAUUGUAUGGAAACAUGCAAGAAGCUUAUCGACAAAUGCAGACCCCUCUCAUCUACCAGGAGCCAUCACAAAGAGGCCUAAAGGAGUUGAAAGAGUCAACUAUUCAGUUGGCCUCGAGCAUGGGGAGCUUUGAUGCUCCAGUUGACGAGACAGUCUUUGAUGUGGACAAGGAAAUUGACGAUUUACUCCCUGUCGAGGUCAAAGAACAGCGAGUGAGCAAUUUGUUGCAGUCCAUUAUGGUUGGAGGGUGUGUAGCAGCAAUGCCUGCUUUGAGAAUGAUCCCAACAUCUGUUCUUUGGGGUUAUUUUGCAUUCAUGGCAAUCGAGAGCUUGCCGGGCAAUCAGUUCUGGGAAAGGAUAUUGCUGCUAUUCACUGCACCUAGCCGACGAUAUAAGGUUUUGGAGGACUAUCAUGCGACGUUUGUGGAGACUGUUCCGUUCAAGACGAUUGCCUUAUUUACGAUAUUCCAGACGACUUAUUUGCUUCUUUGUUUCGGGAUUACGUGGGUCCCUAUUGCGGGGGUUUUAUUCCCUCUGCUUAUUAUGCUUUUGGUCCCCGUAAGACAAUAUGCACUGCCAAAGUUUUUCAAAGGGGCUCAUUUGCAAGAUUUGGAUGCGGCCGAAUAUGAAGAGGCACCUGCUGUGCCGUUUGAUAUUCCAACGGAAGGGGAAAUUGGUGGUGGUAGGCUUUCUUUUGCCGAGGGAGGAGAGAUAUUAGACGGGAUCAUAACAAGGAGUCGUGGAGAGAUAAAGCACACUUGCAGCCCAAAGGUCACAAGCUCAUCAGCUACUCCUUCGAAAGAUUUCAAACUCCAAAGCCCGCGAGCAUACAGCCCACGGGUCAGUGAGCUAAGAGGCGAGAGGACUCCGCGGGCUGGCGGAAGGGGGGCCCACAGCCCGAAAACUACUGAGGUGGGCCCAUCUAAUUUGGGGAUAAGUCCUCGUAACUAG